AUGAGAAGGAUGGAUCCGAGGGUGUUCCAAUCCCUUCUCCCCGUAGUAAGCACCCAGGACGACAAAGAAAUUGGAGUCAUCGACAUCCCAGAAAGACGAGAAGUACUGGAGAUAAUAAUUCAUGCGCUAUACGACAGAGCAUGGCUUAGCGACGGCGGCUCGCUGGACCACCUCGAAGAAGCUCUGGAUCGUAUGUCGACUUACACUAUCCGACCCAGUCUUCACAUAGGGGCCAGCAGCCAUAUGCACGGCAUCCUCCUUCAGCAUGCGGCUCUGUCGCCAUUCCGCGUCUACGCCUUAGCUGCAAGGCAUGGCCUACAGGACCUCGCUGUGCGAUCUUCUACGUACACCCUCGUGGAAAGCUUGGAAGCGCUGACCGACGAUCUUGCUAGCGGAAUGGGGGCGGUUUACCUGAGAAAGAUUCUAUGCCUUCACAUGGAACGGAGGAAUGUGAUAAAAGCCCUCCUUGCUCAGAAACCCAGUCCUCACCAGGCUUCCACGAGCUGCACGCAGGUGGACCGAGAGAACUUGGCUUUUGCCUGGGUUCUGGCUGCGACCUCUUUUCUUGCGGACACGUCUAGCGGCGAGUAUAGCCCGGAUUUCUUGGAGUAUCACAGCACUCUAACGUCGACCUACCAGACAUUUCAAACGAGGAGCUUUUUCAAGCCUUCGCUCCUCUGGGGGAUGACCUUCAGUGCGACGACUGCAAGGCCUCUCUCAAGCUCCAUAUUCAAGGUAUCAUCGAUCGCUGGUCUGGAGUGA